AUGCCAUCUGCCUCAGAAACCUUGCUUCUGAUCACCAUUUUUCUCUUGAUUCCUCUCCACGCCGUCUCAUCCACCAUCCAUGCAGGCCAUGCCAUCCCUAUCAACGGCCUCUGUCGUGACACAUGCGGCACAAUCCCAGUAAAGUUCCCAUUUGGCACUGGAUUUGGCUGUGGCCACCCUGACUUUGUUAGAUACAUCAAAUGCAGUUCAGAAACACUUCAAUUCUCUACCGGCACUGGUAUCUACACCAUUUCCUCUAUAGACUACAACAGUAGCACCAUCGUUGUCACAGACCCGCUUAUGUCAACAUGCUCUUCUAUGCAAAAUUCAGGUGGCUUCAGCUUAGACAGGACCAGUCCUUUCACUAUAAGAGAGGAGAACAUCUUUGUUCUACUUGGCUGCUCAACAACAUCCCCUGUGUUUGAUCCCAAUGAAGAUUUGUGUGACACCGGGUCGGGCUCCCGGGUGUGCAGAGGGUUGUACUCUUGCAAGGGGGUGGCUGGCAUUGGGUUGCAACAGAAUGCACCAAUUUCCACUUGCUGUGUUUAUGACUCUCAAGUUGGGGUUGGCUCAGGUUAUGCAUUGGUUCUCCCAAAGCUCCAGUGCUCUUCCUACACAUCAAUUUAUGAGUUUGGGGAUGAAGGGGAUCCAAUGAAAUGGAAAUUUGGAAUUUCUCUGCAAUAUAAUGAUUCUUAUUACACCAAUGCCUGCAAGGAUUGUGAGGCAAGUGAGGGCUUGUGUGGCUUUUCUGGUUUGGACCAGUCGUUCGCUUGUAUUUGCCAGAAUGGGGUUAACACCACCAGAAGUUGCUUUGAGCAAGGGUACGCUUUGAGUGGGGUAGUGGAACUAGAAGUUCAAAUUAAAACCAUUAUUGGAGGACUUUUGGUCUCGUGGGUGUUACUAUUGACAAGGAGCAGAUAG